GACUUCAAAUCGAGCCCGUUUUACGAUGUUAUAGACACGGUGAUGCCACGGCAAGAACUACCUGACAUGCCGCAGAAUCGCCACACGGUGCGCGCCAUUCUCGCACUGAGCCCCGAUCAUGUCAAGACUCUCAAGGACGAUCCAUCCAUGCGACUGAUGCUCUUCUGCGGCAUGAGCGGAAAUAUGUCGCCCUAUGUGUCCGUCGACGUCGCGUUCCCAAAUCAGCUCGAAGUCAAAAUUAAUGGUGAUGACGUGAAGCACAAUUUCAAAGGCUUGAAAAACAAGCCGGGAACGACGAAGCCGACCGAUAUCACCGACAAGAAUCGCUUUGCGGUUGUCGUACACAUGGUCAAGAUGGUAUCGGUGGAGGUUCUUGUGGAGCGAUUGAGGAGUGGCAAAGUGGGCGGCAUCAUCUCAAAGCAGAGAGUGAUUGAUGAGAUGAAUCGAGCCAGCAAGGACGAUGACAUUUCGGCCACUUCGGUGAGGAUGUCUCUGAAGGAUCCGACGUCCACUCUGAGGAUCAAGCUGCCUAUCCGAUCGAGCGUCUGCACACACAACCAAUGCUUUGAUGGCGAGAUGUUCUUGCAGCUGCAGGAGCAAGCUCCACAAUGGCAGUGUGUGGUAUGCAACAAGUCCGUCACAUUCGAGUCGCUGUGUGUCGACAAGUACUUUGAGGACAUUCUUCAGCGUACUCCCACCUCGAUCGAGAAGGUGGACAUUGAGCCGAACGGAGAGUGGAAGGUCAUCAAGGAGGAGGAGGAUGUUCCUCAGAACGGAGCCUCAAGCAAAGCAAACAGAGCAUCAUACGAUGAUGACUUUGACGACGAUCUUAUUGAGCUCUCCGAUGAGGAGACCAAGCCUCCAAAUGGUCUGGUGAAGGCGGUGCAAGGCAUUGGCACACCAGGCAUAUUCUCACCGAGUGGCGCUUUCAACACUCCUCCUCUCUCAUCCCGCGGCCCAUCAGCAGCGCCAUCGCUACAAUCUGCGGGAACCAAGCGUCCAGGAAGUGCGAUUAUCGACCUCACUUUCUCCGACGAUGAAGAUGAACCGCCACGACCGGCCAAAAGACAAACGACGAGUACGCAUCCAAACCCACCACCCGGUACUUCCUUUCGCAGUCCCUCCACUACC